GUUGUUGUACUUACACACAAUAAGAACGAGAAGAAGUGAAGAAGAAAAAAGCAAGAAGAAAAUUAGUUGCUAGUCUUUUAAAGAAUAUGUUAGUCAUUUCAAUUUGUUUUUGUUAUUUUGUUUAAAUUUAAAGAUAAUCAAAAAAGAAUACUGCCAAUUAAAAUAAUCAUCUAUAUGCUUUAAAAAGUUAUUUGUUAAUGUGUUAGUUAUCCUGCCGUCAGAAUCAUCAUCAUGGAGUCGAAUGAAAUAUGUAUGGUAACAGAUAUAAAAUUAGAUAUCUACGAUAAACGCCCAUUAUCGUUGAGAUUUAAAGCGUGGACCAAAUGUGAGGUGAAAAUUGAGGCAAUUAAAUGUUUACCCUGUUUCCUGCGCAUCACAAUUAAAUCCUUGGAAAAGGAUCAAUCUACGUCCCAGCUGUGUGUAUCGGUCAAUGUGCCUGGUGUUAGUAUUAGCCUGGCCACAUCACGUACCAAACAGUAUUCGUAUGGUCUUUUUUGGACUCACAAUCGUCGUGAUUGUUUUAUUUACCUUGCCGAGGAAACGGAGGCCACCUGUCGCCAACACAUGAAAUGGAUUAAGAAGUCGAUUAAGAACUUGGAGGUAUACAGACAAGUUUUCUUUGAACAACGUCGCAGCAGUAGGGUGGGCACCAAAACGGAAUUGAGCGCCGUAAAGGAUGCCUUGGCAGCCCUUGGACCUUUGCCACAAAUCCCCGUUUCAAAUAAUAGCUUUAAUUGGUCCGCUGGUGGUGUUGGACGUUUGUCACGUGCUUCCGAAAUCUAUGAGGAAAUAUUCGAAGGUAAUAUACCACCACGUCUAUCGAGACGUCUUUCAAGGGCCUCCAUAGCCUCUGGCAUCUAUGAAGAAAUGAAACCCUGUUCUCAAAGUAUUAUUAAUGCCAUAAUGGAGGAACAUUCGGAUUGUCCACCACCAUUACCCCCGCUGCCGCCUCAUCGUAAACGUAUCAACACCUUGGAAAGUGAAACCUCCGCCGCUCUCAAUGACAUACCACGUUCGAACACCAAUCCCGAAGUGGAUUUGGCUAAAAAGAAAAAAUAUAAAAAUGUUUUGGAUAAUAUAUUCGGUGCGGGACGCUCAAAGCGGGCCGAAAGUGUUAGCGAAUCACAAGCCUGUACCAUGGAGGAUAUUAUCAAUGGUGGUGGUAAGGGUGGCGGUCAUGAUAAAGACGACUUUGGCAAUCCUUUGUAUGCCAAUGAAAUACUCAAACGGCCUGAGGUGGCAGCCAUCACGAAUAGCAAUAAACGUAAUAGCUUUUCAAGUCCUGACUUGUCGAAAAUCAAUUUUUUGGAUACUUUUGAUGAGGAGAAAAUUGCUGCUUUAUUGUUGUUACAAUCAUCCGGAGAUGGGCUCGAAGAUGAUCAUGACUUCCAUGAUUUUGUUGAGUCAGAUUGUCAUAAUUACAGUUCCCUGAGUUUAGAUGAUUCUUCCAUUGGACAUUCCAAUUCCAGAGCAAUUUUGAAACGCAUACAUGCCUUGAAAUCGAAAAGUGGUUCAUUGGAGAGUCUCAACAUAUCCGAACAAUUGCCACAAAACUUUAAUUUUUCGGCCUGCAAUACCUCCUCCAUUAAUCUAGUGGGAGCCAGUGGUGCUGUGCCAUCAAUACAGAAGUUAAAACGCAAUAAAAUUGUCAUUGAAGAUGAUUUGACGGGCUAUUGCAUUAUGGCACCCAUACAACAGAAAAAGACUGAAAAUACCAAUACUGCCACAUCAUCCACCACAUCCUCCACCUCAUCGGGGUAUUCGACGGGUUCAUAUUGCUCAACAACAUCUUCUUCGUCCUCGUCCAAUUCUGAACCCAAUAAAGAAAUCAAUGGAGAACCCACUAAAACGUUACCCUUGAAAAGUUUGAAAUCAAAACGCCAGGAUGAAAGUGAUUAUGACAUGGUACCGUUGAGAAAAACUCCCAUACCGGCCAAUGAAAGCACCAUCUAUGAGAAUAUGCAAAAUGGUUCACCAUUAAAUGCCAGCAUCAUCUUGAAGCCCAAUGAACAAACUCCACCUUUGAAUAAAGAUUUCAGUGGUAAUCUCUAUGAAAAUCUUUUGACCAUUAAGGCAGCUCAGGAAUUGGAACAACCCAUGCCGGCCACCAUGUGUACAAGUACACCCACCGAUUCUGCCUCGGAAAAAGAUUCUCCUGCUGUCAUUGUAUCCGAAGCGGAGGAAGAAAAUUAUUAUCAAACUCCAAGGAAAUCGAUAAUAAGCAUUGAUGAUAAGGUGCCCUCCUACUAUCCGAACAGUUGUGAUACCAUGAAAAUGAAACGUGGCUCCAUAAGUCCAUCGAAACAGACUACGCCGACGUCCGCUCUCAAAUCAGACGAAAAGGAGAAAUCCUCCAAUAAUCUUGGCCUCAAACAUUUGGUCAACAUAAAAAUGAGGCGGGAACGUAAGGAGAAUCUGUACAUCUCAUCGCCACAGAAAAUCAUUGAACAAAGGAAAAAAUCAUCGGCCAGUACGACGCCGCCUACCAUAGGUGGAACAGCUACCAUACCGCGGCGUACCCAAAAUGCUCAAAAAAUUUCCGAAAAUGUUUACACGGUUAACAUAAAUAAACGUAGAUCUCUAAUGCUCAAUUCAAAUAACAACAACAACAAUAAUAAUACUGAAAAAUCCUCCUACAAUGAUAUUACGGAUGCCGCCCAGCUAAAAGAGAAACUCCAAACGGAGCUGUUGCAAUUGGCUCUAUUACAAAAUAUUGAUUUUAAAUUUGAUGAUACCGGUGCUGCUGCUGAGGGCAGUGAGAGUAGUUCAAGUCAUACCAAUGGCGAUAAAACGGAUAAGGAUUACAACUCGACACCGAAACAAAGUGGUAUUCAACGCUUGGAGGAGGCCGAAUUGGAAUAUGAAAAUUGUUAUCGAGCAACCAAGGAUGCCACGCGAUUGUUGCAUAAAUAUGCCACCUUGGCCCCGAAGCAGUCUAUGCGUAUCAAACAACAGCUACAGCAGCAUUUGAAAAAUGGCUCAAAUCCAAUGACACAAUCUGCCAAAUUGGAGGGAUCUCCACCAGGUAAUAAUGGAGUGGUAGGUGGUGUUGCUGCUGCUGGAGACCUAUCCUCUGCAGCCACAGCCCAGGUAAUGGGUUCGAAAAAAUUCGGUUCUUUGCCUAGAUUUAAGAAAAUCGAUUUCUCACCGCUCAAAUUUAAAAUUAACAAUGUUUUACAAAGAAAUCAGCACAGCGAAUUUUGAGCUGGGAGAAUUUCGAUUUCGAUUCCGAUUUUGCACGACAAAAUGUUAUCUUUUUUAAUAAUUUAAAGCUUUAAUUUAUUAAAUUUCUGUAAAAGAAUUUAAACUCUCAAAAAAAAGAACUUCCAAGCAUUUAACUUUUUUUAUUUUAAUCAAUUAUUUAAAGUUUUUAUUUCAUUAUUUAUGUAAAUUAGAAUUGAAAAACUUAUAAUAAUACUCGUUUUAAUUUUAAUUCUCAUUUUAUUGUGAUCACAUGCGUUUUUGAUAUUUAUUUGAAAAAUAAAAGUUGUAUCAUUUUUAUA